UAUAACCUUGUCCUAACACUGGCGCACAAUGCUCUAGCCAGACUACAGAGGCUUUUGGCAAAUCGUUGGACCUCGGCUGAUGUGGUCUGUGCUGGCGCUGUUUCACGCCUUUGGCGCCAAUUUGUGGCUACUAAUGGAAUUUCCAAGCAUCUGUGUCUGAGAAAGUUUCCGCAGCUUUCUAGAAUUGCACGUAUAACAGAAGCAGAUUUGAAUGUAGCAGAAGGAAAAGAUGUUGAGUCUAGCAGUUCCAGUUGGGAGACUCUAAAAAGAGACCAUAAUGUUUAUGCUUCUCUACUUCAAGCUAUUGAAACAUCAAAUUCAUGUCCAAGUAAUUGCAUAGGUAAUGCAGUUAGCGCUUCAAGUACGGACCAUUAUCCAGAUGAAAGUAUUGUGCAUACUCUAGUUCCAAGAGACAGAUAUCAAGAUUUACCUUCACACUGGUCAAGUAUAGGACACAGUGAUCCCAAUGCUUCCGAGACGCUAGUUUACAAAUUGAAAGCUGAUCUUUGUGUCAUCACUGAAAUAAAGAUACAACCUUUUAAAGUUUAUUUCCAUCAAGGAAAGCCCAUAUGCUCUGCAAAAUCUGUUCGGUUUCGAUUAGGACACCCCAAAUCCUCAAGAGAUAAGAGUGAUCUCCUGUACUUGCCCCAGCGACAGCCUGCUGAUGACAAGUUUAUAUGGACGUAUACCUCAAAAGAAUUCCCUAUGAAACAGGUGCGGUAUAAACUUUACUUUUUCCCAACACAGACAAAUCUUAUGUGCUAAUUUU